CGUUAUCGCUUCAGCGAUAGACAAGCAGCGAUUCUGCUGCAGCCAGAACCAGCAUUUCGGCAGCCGAGACCAGCUGGUACAGAAUCAAACAUGAAGUUCGUUCGCUAUAUUAUGAAAAACGCCGCGCUGGCGAGUGUUCCGAAACACAUCGAGCAUUUCUCCAAAUUCUCCCCUUCACCGCUCUCCAUGAAGCAGUUUCUCGACUUCGGAUCCAUCAACGCCUGCGAGAAAACCUCCUUUGCCUUCUUGAGGCAGGAGCUGCCAGUGCGGUUGUCCAACAUCAUGAAGGAGAUUAACCUGCUGCCCGACAAGCUGCUCACCACGCCCUCCGUACAAACCGUGCAAAGCUGGUACGUUCAAAGUUUGAUGGAGAUCCUUGAAUUCCUCCACAAGAACCCGGAUGACCACAAAGUUCUCGGCGAGUUCGUGGACGCCCUGGUGACCAUUCGGAACCGGCACAACGAUGUGGUGCCCACCAUGGCUCAGGGUGUCAUGGAAUACAAGGAAGUCUUCCCGCAGGAUGCCGUCACCAAUCAGAACAUCCAGUACUUCCUGGACCGCUUCUACAUGAGCCGCAUCUCCAUCCGGAUGCUCAUCAACCAGCACACUCUCAUUUUUGACGGCACCACCAACCCGGUACACCCCAACACCAUCGGCAGCAUCGACCCACACUGCCAGGUGGGCGACGUGGUGCAGGAUGCCUUUCAUAGCGCCAAGAUGCUGUGUGAAGAAUACUAUCUGCACUCGCCUCCGCUUCUUCUACAAGAGAUCAACAUCAAGAAGACACGGCAGCCCAUCAGCAUCGUGUAUGUGCCGUCGCAUUUGUAUCACAUGCUGUUCGAGCUCUUCAAGAACGCUAUGAGGGCGACCAUCGAGACCCACGAGAACAGAGAGCUGCCGGCCAUCCGGGUUUUGGUGUCUCUCGGAGGAGAGGACAUGUCUAUUAAGGUGAGCGACAAGGGCGGCGGCGUUCCCUUCCGCCGCAUCGAAAAUCUCUUCAGCUACAUGUACUCCACCGCCCCCACACCGCAGAUGGGAGAACACGCCCGACCGCCGCUGGCCGGCUUCGGCUACGGGCUUCCCAUCUCGCGUCUCUACGCCAAGUACUUCCAGGGCGACCUGCAGCUUUACUCCAUGGAGGGUCAUGGAACCGACGCCAUCAUCUACUUGAAGGCGCUGUCGACGGACUCCAUCGAGAGGCUGCCGGUGUACAACAAGACGGCGCUGAGGAACUACAAAGUCAGUCAGGAGGCGGACGACUGGUGCAUCCCCAGCAGAGAACCGCUGGACCUGAGCAACCACAAGGUGGGAAAGUGAAGCCAAGUCCUGGCCAUCUGAACCACUCCCUCCCGCCGCGUCCCGAAAAAGCCCUCCUGAACGUCUUUUAGCCCCGCCCCUCCCGCCAUCAUUGACCAAUCAGACAAGUGCCUGCUCUCACUUGUCUUAGCAGUAGCGUGUCAUUUUUGCCACGGAUGGUCAGGGGAGGUUCGGGAGUCCGGCGAAUGGAGUUGUCGGGUCAGAACAAGGAAGGUGCUGAGACAGAAAAAAAAAAAACAUCUGUGAAGGACCCCAAAGCCCUUUUCUCAUGCACGCCUUUGAACAAACAGUCAUCUGAUGCUAUCAGCAGCCAUUGUGUUAUCAAUUUUAUUCUUUUUAGCAGACUGUGCUUUGACAUGUCCAGUCCAAAUCUUAUUUUUAUAACUGCACUCUUAGCUUGAUGUGUUUGUAAAUACUGUAAAUAUGACAUAGAAGUUAAUAUAAAACCAAAAAGUGAAAUACAA